GGACGCCACGGGGCAAGGCAGGGCCUGGUCUCCAUGCUUACCGCAGUGGAAGCCGUUAAGGUAGGGCUGUCGGGGCCCCAGGGGGCCUGGCUCCCAAGCUCAGGGUCACCCCCACACCACAGGGACUCUCCCCAGGUCUCCCAGGCCCUGCUUCCUUAGCCUCCAGGCAGCUGGGUACCAAGAAGCCCUUGCUGUUCUAACAAAGGACAGACAGAUGGGCUCUGGCUGGGCCUCCCCGGACCCAAGUGGUCACCAACACCACUUCCACAGCCACCAGAGCUGGCCUGGCUUCCUUACAGGCCGAGGAGGUGGCGAUGGUGGCGGCAGCAGGCACCCUCCCUUUGUCUUGGGAGCAGCAGGUGCCCAGCACACAGGGAAGCCAAUCCGGGACUCUGCCUGUCUGCGAGCCUGAGCAGCCUCCCGCAGGCCUGCGUGUGGAGGGCACGCUGGGCUUGGGUGGGGGUAUACAGAAUGCCCAGGGCACCACGAGCCCAGGGAUAGCAGCAGCCAGGGAGUGAGCGCUUACUGUGUGCAGGUCCCGGGCUGGGCCUGCCCAGCCAUCCAAGGAUGCUGUACCGGGAUCUGCAGUUACCAGGAGGGUGCUGGCGGAAGGGGGCCUCCGCUCGGACCUCGCUCCCUCCCACACCGUGCUUAUCACCAGCGAGCUGACGGGACUUGGACGAGGGCCUCUUACCUUCGCCUUUCUCCCCCAGCGUCCACACCACUAUGGCCGAGCCCCUCCCUAAGGCCGAGCUCCUGCCCCCGCUGCCCUGGGAGCCCCCAGGGGACCAGAGCAGCAUCCGGGACCCACCUGUCGUCCCUGCAGAGCGGCAGCCACAGGAUGGCGCGACCAUCAGCCUGGACCCUGGGCCCUGGAGGUUCCUGGAGGUGCCCUCCAUACACGUCACGCCAUCCAGUGACGGGGAGUCGCCCCCCUGCACGCCGGCCCCGCGACGCUCGGGGCGGCUGAGCAGCUCGGACCUGGACAGCCUGUCCCAGGACAGCACCACCCCCCACUCAGGCCGGAGCACCCCAAGCAGUUCUCCAUCUCUGCGGAAGCGCCUGCAGCUCCUGCCCCCGAGUCGGCCGCCGCCCGAGCCCGAAGCAGGCACCAUGGUGGAGAAGGGGUCGGACAGCUCCUCGGAGAAGGGCGGAGUGCCCGGGACCCCCAGCACCCAGAGCCUGGGCAGCCGGAACUUCAUCCGCAACAGCAAGAAGAUGCAGAGCUGGUACAGUAUGCUGAGCCCCACCUACAAGCAGCGCAACGAGGACUUCCGGAAACUGUUCAGCAAGCUGCCGGAGGCCGAGCGCCUCAUCGUGGAUUACUCCUGCGCCCUGCAGCGCGAGAUCCUCCUCCAGGGCCGCCUCUAUCUCUCUGAGAACUGGAUCUGCUUCUACAGCAACAUCUUCCGCUGGGAGACCACGAUUUCCAUCCAGCUGAAGGAGGUGACGUGUCUGAAGAAGGAGAAGACGGCCAAGCUGAUCCCCAACGCCAUCCAGAUCUGUACGGAGAGCGAGAAGCAUUUCUUCACCUCCUUUGGGGCCCGGGACCGCUGCUUCCUCCUCAUCUUCCGCCUCUGGCAGAACGCGCUUCUGGAAAAGACGCUGAGUCCCCGCGAGCUCUGGCACCUGGUGCAUCAGUGCUACGGCUCGGAGCUGGGCCUCACCAGCGAGGACGAGGACUACGUCUGCCCCUUGCAGCUGAACGGUCUCGGCAGCCCCAAGGAGGUGGGAGAUGUGAUUGCCCUGAGCGACAUCGCCCCGACCACAGGGGCUGCUGACCGCAGCCAGGAACCAAGCCCUGUGGGUUCGCGCCGAGGCCGCGUCACCCCCAACCUUUCCCACGCCAGCAGCGAUGCCGAUCAUGGGGCAGAGGAGGACAAGGAAGAGCCGACGGACAGCCAGCCAGACGCCCCGUCCAGCCAGACUGCCACUCCGCUGGCGGAACCCCCGAGCACAGAGCCCACCCCGCCCAACGGGCCUGCCUCCCUGGGCCCCUUGGACCUGCUGCCCAGUGAGGAGCUCCUGACGGACACCAGUAACUCCUCCUCAUCCACCGGGGAGGAAGCCGACCUGGCCGCCCUGCUGCCCGACCUCUCGGGCCGGCUCCUCAUCAACUCCGUCUUCCACGUGGGUGCUGAGCGGCUGCAGCAGAUGCUGUUCUCAGACUCGCGCUUUCUCCAGGGCUUCCUGCAGCAGUGCAAGUUCACAGACGUGACCCUGAGCCCCUGGAGCGGGGACAGCAAGUGCCACCAGCGCCGGGUGCUGACUUACACCAUCCCCAUCAGCAACCCGCUGGGCCCCAAGAGCGCCUCUGUGGUGGAGACACAGACGCUGUUCCGGCGCGGCCCGCAGGCUGGCGGCUGUGUGGUGGACUCAGAGGUGCUAACUCACGGCAUCCCCUACCAGGACUACUUCCACACCGCCCAUCGCUACUGCAUCCUGGGCCUGGCCCGGAACAAGGCCCGGCUCCGAUUCCUUGAGUUGCUGCCACAAAUUCCCGUCUUCACCAGUGAGCAGAGCAUGGCCUCUGCAGUCACUGUCACCAGUGCAGCCAGAAUCUGUGGACUCGGCCAAGGGUGAUUUGGAAAAGGACCGAAGCUGCCUCUCCCUGCGUCACUUUAUGUCACGGUGUCAUUUAUUCUCCAAUUCAGUGAGGACAGAUCCGUGCAGGAACCAUCACCGGUGCCAAACUGAAGAUACAGCCAACGCAGGAGGGACCUGAGGUUCACCAGGAAGUCAGCUGGGAGAUCAUGAGUCAUGUUUACACGUUCCCCAGAUGUCCUGGGUGCUGGCAUUACGCAGGUCUGUGAAGUUCCGCGGGUGAGAGUAACAGCACAGAGGACAUUCCCGUUCCCCUCAGCACCUGUGAGUUUACCUUCAGCUUCAGAUGAACACAGUAUCUUAUACACAACAGGCUCCUCCCUCCAGUGGCUGGAUCUCUGAAAAAAGACUAAAAUCCAUUCAAAUGCAAUAAUAAAAAAAAUGUAGUGUCAUCAUUCAAACAGAAAAGGACGCAUAUUAAAAAUACAAGGCGGGGCCGGCACUGUGGUGCAGUGGGCUAAGCCACAGCCUGCAGGGCCAGCAUCCCAUAUGGGUGCCAGUUCUAGACCUAGCUGCUCCACUUCUGAUCCAGCUCCCUACUGAUGUGCCUGGGAAAACUCCAGAAGAUGGCCCAAGUCCUUGGGCCCCGCACCCAUGCAGGAGACGUGGAAGAAGAUCCUGGCUCCUGGCUUCGGAUCAGUUUAGCUCCAGUUGUUGUGGCCAUUUGAGGAGUGAACCAGCGGAUGGAAGAUCUCUCUCUCUCUCUCUCUUUCUCUCUCUCUUUCUCUCUGCCUCUCUGUAACUCUUUCAAAUAAGUAAAUCUUUUUUUUUUAAAUAUUCCUUCUUGCAUGAAGAAGUCUAUAUUAAAUCCUUCAACUGAUUGGAUAUGGCCCACCCCAAAUCAUAAAGGCUAAUGUGCUUUACUCAAAGACCAUUGAUUUCAACGUUAAUCUUAUCCGAAAAAUGCCUUUGCAGAAGCAGCCAAAAUAUUAUCUGGCCAAUUACAAAAUCAACAUGAAGGGAGCAGGCAGCAAGCCCUCUCCCUGUAGUUUCCAGGUUAACGGAGUUCAGAGGGAGAUGAGCAGUCUACACGUGCACAGCCGCUGUACCUGGGAAAGCCUGCAGAACACAGCGGAUGGACACGCGUGCAGAGCUGGGAAUCAAUUCCAAGGCCAAAGCCUGCUGCUACCAUCAAGCAGAAUCCUAUUCCGUCCCCAAAUGUUAUUGAGCUGACAACAGGAGACAGUGUGAUGUGGGCUUAAUAAAAGCUGGGUUGGAAGGCAAAGUGAAUCUUACAUUUGCCUGAAUUCGGCUUUACUGCUACAUAAACAAAAAGAACUACGCCGUAAAAGCUCCAGGCAAUUCAGAGAAAUGUUACUGGAAAAGUAAUCAAGAAGAGUAAAAAUCCUGUAAUGCAUGGUAGGACAGAAAGAUACAUGUCUUUUAAAUUUAGGUAAUAGUUGUUUAAUUAGCCUGAUUGUAUUUAUUUUCUUUUUCAAAGAAAAUCUUUUUUUUAAUAUUUUUCAUUUAUUCAUUUGAGAGGUAGAGUUACAGAGAGAGGGAGAGACAGAGAAAGGGCUUCCAUCUGCUGGUUCACUCCCCAGAUGGCCGCAAUGGCUGGAGCUGAACUGAUCCAAAGCCAGGAGCCAGGAGCUUCUUCCGGGUCUCCCACAUGGGUACAGGGGCCCAAGGAGUUGGGCCAUCUUCUACUGCUUUCCCAGGCCAUAGCAGAGAGCUGGAUCAGAAGUGGAGCAGCCAGGAUUCAAACAGGUGUCCAUAUGAGAUGCCAGCGCCAGCCCCUCAAGAAAAAUCUUAAGACUACACAACACUAUAGCCUAUAAUUGUAUUUUUAUUUUUUAAAGAUUUAUUUAUUUACUUGAAAGUCAGAAUUAUACAGAGAGCAAAGGAGAGGCAGAGAGAGAGAGAGAGAGAGAGAGAAAGGUCUUCCAUCCGCUGGUUCACUCCCCAGUUGGCCACAAUGGCCGGAGCCACGCUGAUCUGAAGCCAGGAGCCAGGAGCUUCUUCCAGGUCUCCCACGUGGGUGCAGGGGCCCAAGGACUUGGGCCAUCUUCCUCUGCUUUCCCUAGCAGUGAGCUGGAUUGGAAGUGGAGCAGCCGGGACUAGAACCGGCGUCCAUAUGGGAUGCCGGCACUUCAGGCUAGGGCGUUAACCCGCUACGCCACAGCGUCGGCCCCUAGCCUAUAAUUUUAAUAUCUAAUAAAAAUUAAAUCGCUUUAUCAGAGGGCGGCUACAUUUCCCUCACAUGUUUAGUCUAUUAUUAGCAAUACCAGGUUACUUUACGCCUAUUAAUAUUUUAUUGAAUAAUAUAAGUUAUUUUGAAUAGCUACCAUAUUUUCACGUUAACGUCAGGACACAUUUUAGUACCUAUUACAGGAUUUUUCGUUAUCUCCCAGCUCCGGGUUCCACGGCCAGCGCUACCGGCGCUCCUGCGCCUGCGCACUCCCAGUCCCCGGGGCGCCGGGUGGGCAGUCCUUGCGCGGCCGUUUUACGCCUCUGGACUACAUUUCCCAAAGGCCACUGAGGCCAGGCCAAUUUAGCUUGGACUACAUUUCCCAGAGGCCACCGGGGACAACUAGGACCCCGGAUCCCACUGCCAGUUUUUCGUUACUGUAGCCGGGCAGCGAACUUAGGCUAAGGCAGUGCGUGUUCUCUGGGGAAGGGCUUUGCGGACUCCGACCAACCCCACGGGGUAACCAGGGCUGGAGUGAAGAAGACAACAAUAAUGGGAGGAACUGGGGGACCUCUGCGGACGUGCGCCGGCGCGGGACCCGGACCCCAACAGGCGGCGAGCGCGAGGGCAGGGAGGCUCCGUGGGCUCUGGCGGGGUCUCAGGCGCGGGGGUCGUUGCGUGCGCUCGUGCGCGUGCCCGCGAGGACUGGGUGCCCCUGCGUCCGUUAGCUGUGGAGGUGCCGCCGUGACCUAGGCCUCGGGCUCGGCUUCCAGCCGCCGCGCGGGUCCGCACCGGGCAGUGGGCCCGCGCCAGGGCGGUUACCAAGCCUUCCGGUGAUGUUCUCCCGCAGGAGACGCAGAACUACGAUUGCACGAGUUCUCUGUCGUGUGUGUGUGUGUUUAUCCAGUCACUCCUGUAUUUGAGAGAGCGAGGGAGACAGACAGGUCCCCCUUCCG